CCACUGCUGCUCUUGACUUUCCCAUUGCUCCUGACUGAGGAGUGCCUGGGAGCAGACAUGCAACAGGUGAUCCUGUACUUGUCAAGCGAAUGUUCUCAUGCCGUGGGUAGUAACUCUCGGGGCUUUCUUGUCUCUCCUGCUUUUCAGGGAGCUGGUUGCACAGCCCUGGUGGUAGCUGUGGUAGCGAGGAAGCUAGAACUUACCAAAGCAGAAAAGCACGUGCACAACUUCAUGAUGGACACUCAGCUGACAAAGAGAGUGAAAAAUGCAGCUGCCAAUGUACUCAGGGAAACAUGGCUAAUUUACAAAAAUACAAAGCUAGUAAAAAAGAUAGAUCAUGCAAAAGUCAGAAAACAUCAACGGAAAUUCUUGCAAGCUAUUCAUCAAGCGCGGAAAUUAAGAAGUGUAAAAAUGGAGCAGAGGAAACUGAACGACCAAGCAAACACCUUGGUGGACCUGGCAAAGACUCAGAACAUCAUGUAUGACAUGAUUUCCGACUUAAAUGAAAGAAGUGAAGACUUUGAGAAGAGGAUCGUUACCCUGGAAACGAAGUUAGAGACUUUGAUCGGUAGCAUCCACGCCCUGCCUGGGCUCAUAAGCCAAACCAUCAGGCAGCAGCAGAGAGACUUCCUCGAGGCUCAGAUGGAGAACUAUGACAAGCACGUCCCCUACGAUGCUGAGCGGUCCCGGUCCUCGUCCAGGAGGCGGCGGUCCUCCUCUACAGCGCCACCAACUUCAUCAGAGAGUAGCUAGAAGAGAAUCAGUUAACCACAAAAUAAGACUUUUUGCCAUCAUAUGGUCAAUAUUUUAGCUUUUAUUGUAAAGCCCCUAUGGUUCUAAUCAGCGUUAUCCGGGUUCUGAUGUCAGAAUCCUGGGAACCUGAACACUAAGUUUUAGGCCAAAAUGAGUGAAAACUCUUUUUUUUUUUUUCUUUCAGAUGCACAGGGAAUGCACCUAUUAUUGCUAUAUAUAGAUUGUUCCUCCUGUAAUUUCACUAACUUUUUAUUCAUGCACUUCAAACAGACUUUACUACUACAUUAUAUGAUAUAUAAUAAAAAAAAAAGUUAAUUUCUGCACA